AUGGCUCUUCUCAAAGUUCCCCUUGUGUUAAUGCUUUUAGUUUUGAGCGUGUCUUGGUGUAAGGUUCAGAACGUGGAACGUACGUCUGACGCCUCCUCUGGUGAAAAUGAAGUGAAAGUAAGGGAUAAGAGAGCGAUAGAUCCCCUGAGCUUGAUAGGCCUAAUUGUGAGCGUGGGUGCUACCAUCCAGGGGGCUAUCUGCACUUUUUCAUCGAUUUGUAGCAACGACGAAAUCACCCCAAGACUGGAAAAGAUAGAGAAAAAGUUGGAAGCUAUCCACAACGAUGUCAAGUCCAUCAAGAAAGAUGUGGAGGACAUCUGGAAUGAAUCGAAGCGGAAAUGGUACUUCAAUAACAUCGAGUACGUUGCCAACCAAAGGAAGAAAGUAAUAGAAGAUAUAAAGAGCAAAGACACUACUGGGAGAGCUAAGGAAAGACAAAAGAGAUUCAUUAAUUUGGUUUUAGGUGGAGAAGGCCAAGACGAAUUCAUUGAAAAAGCUCUUUUUCAUAUCCCAGACUUGGUUGUCAACAAGGGUCUUGUCACCCAUUACUUUAAAGUUCAGACCGAUAACGGAAAAUCUCCAGCAGAAGCCGCCAAGCUGACCUGGAUUUUUAUAAGGAAACUCUUCCGAUACCAAGAAGACGGCUACGUCUCAGUUGUGCUAGCAGCCUCUUUGAAGUACAAGGAUGACAAUGCAUCUUUUAAAAAGGUCAUGAAGGAAGUCUGCAAAUGGUGGCCAAAACUAAAGGAUCCUACAUACACCGAACUAUGUGACAAACUAGGUAAAGACGAGGGCUCGCGGGAUAAUCGAAAAAUGCAGCAAGACUUUGUAUUUUCCCUACGAGAUCUGGCUCUUGUUCCUGUUCAGCUGGUACAGACUGACUGCAAUAAAUUCGCAGACUCCUACACUCUACUCUACUCGACUGGCUAUCUUUAUGUAGCACACAGCCCAAGCCAAAAAGAUCUUGAUCGUCAAACCUGA